AAUCCAAUCGAUCAAAUUCUUCCUUUCCUCGAUCAAUCUCGCUCCCAUUCUAGAUCACUCCUGCCUUUCGCGAUCGAUCUAUCGAUCUAGUAGCAUUCGAUCUGUGGAAAUGGUGAAGACUCUCUCCGCAGAGCUCCCGCUCAAGGUCCCGGCCAGCCGGAUGUACGCCACGCUCAGAGACGUCCACAAUCUCCUGCCCAAGAUCGUCCCCGACUUCAUCAAGAGCUACGAGCUCGUAGAGGGCGAUGGCGGCGUUGGAACCAUCAGGAAGAUCACAUUCGGCCCUCUCGUGUCCAAGGAACCCACCGUGGCGACCGAGAAGGUGCUGGCUGUGGACGACGCAGCCAAAUCCGUGACCUAUUCGCUGAUCGAGGGCGAUCUCACCAAGCUCUACAGCCAAUUCGUGGCCACAACCAAGUACGUCGAUGGGGCGGACGAUGGCAGCUCCACCGCGAUCUGGAGCGUGGAAUACGAGCCGAUUGGCGAUAGCCCAGCUCCCGAGCAAGCCAAAGAAGCUGUUCUUGGAUCCAUGAAGGCCGUCGAGGGAUACCUCCUCGCAACCAACGCAUAUGCGAAUUAAAUAUUCGCUGCUUAGAUUCGCCUCGUUUUGGCUUAUCCAACGACAUGGUGAUAAAAUAUAUUUUAUCAUUCCCGAGUGCAAGCUGCCGGGUUCGAUUCCCAUGCUCCCCUCCUAAAAGGAUCCUAACAUUUUUUUAACGUAGUUAAAGGUAGGGUGAAGGAUAUUCUACCAAUAUUUAGGGUUCUUGUGAGCCGAUGAGUCGGCGAGAGAGCGCACCGCCCAGGGUUGCGCCGAUCGUCAUCGAUAAUGGAUCCUUCAGCUGCCGAGCGGGGUGGGCCGGCGAUGCGGAGCCGCGCAUUGAGUUCAAGAGCGUUCUCAAUCGUCCCAAGCAUCGGUCCUCUGGUGAGACUGUGAAUCUCAUCGGGGAUUAUGAUUCGGGGAUUGCGAAGGUUUAUGAUUUCACUCGAUCGGCUGCCCGCUCUGCAUUCGAUGGAAAUGUGGUGUUCCAGUUCGAGACUAUGGAAUGUAUACUAGACUACGCAUUUGAUAGAAUGGGAAUUCGGGGACCAGAGGUGGAACAUCCGGUCUUGUUAACCGAAUGUCCUUGCAAUCCGCUUCAGUCGCGGAGCAAAAUGGCUGAGCUUCUUUUUGAGACCUAUGGAGUUCCUUCCUUGGCAUUCGGUAUGGAUGGAGUCUUCAGCUAUUCACACAACAGAAAGAUUGGAAACUGCGACUCUGACGGUAUACUUGUUUGCUCGGGCUACACUACAACUCAUGUUAUACCGAUAUCCAACGGGGAGCCUGUUAUGGAAGCAUGCUGCAGAACCGCGGUUGGUGGGUUUCACGUCACCGAUUAUUUGAAGCGCCUCCUGUGCCUUGAAUAUCCGUAUCAUACAAAUCAUAUUGUAUGGGACAAAGUUGAGGCCCUGAAAAAAGAGCAUGGCUACAUUGCAGUCGACUAUGCUGAAGAGCUAAAACUAUUUCAGUUAGAAUCUCCCGAAGCAUUAGAGAAAACGAGAUGGUGGCAGCUGCCAUGGGUACCGCCACCUGAAAAAGAGCAGCCUACGGAGGAUCAACUGGCCAGAAAAGCAGCUUUAAGAGAAAAACAGGGCCAGCGGCUUCGAGAAAUGGCAGCAGCAAAACGAUCCUCAAAGCUUGCCGAUUUAGAAAACGAGGUGGAAUACUUGAAGAACCUUCUUCAAGAUCUGGACGGAUUGGAGAACGGGCAAGAGGACUCUUUGCUGGCGGAAGCAGGAUUUACGUCGAAGCAAGAAGUACAGAUUUCGUUAAACAAGGCAGUCUCGGCUUUACGGAAAGCUAAGGGUGAAAGCAUUGAGGCGGAGAAAGACAGUGACGACAUUCCAUUGUCAGAGAAGUACCCUCUGCUCGAAAUUGCAGAUAACCUUUUAUCCGAGGAGCAGUUGAAGGAAAAAAGAAAGCAAAGGUUUCUGAAAACAACAGCUGAGGGACGCAUUCGAGCAAAGCAAAGACGUCAAGAGGAGUGCCUGCAGAGAGAGCGCGAGCAACAGAUGGAAGAAGAGCGUCGCUUGGAAAACCCGGAGAAGUAUCUGGAGGAGCUGAAGGCCAGGCAUUGCGAAGUUUCAGCCAGGGUAGACCAACGAAAACGGCAGAAGGUUGGCACAAACAACGGCCAUGGUACUACAACUGCAGCUACUGGCGGUCGAAGUGAAAGGCUGACCGCCGUGCAGAGAGAACGAAUGAAACUCUUAACGCAAGCAGCCUUUGAUCGGGGAAAGGACGAAGAUACGUUUGGCAUGAAUGACGAGGAUUGGCAAAUGUACAAGCAAAUGGACAGAGACUACGACGAAGAAGAAGAUAUAGACGAAGACGAAGCGGAACUCAGUCGGCUAGCCUCGAGACUCAAGGAACUUGAUCCUUCAUAUAUUUCAGUGCCGCCACCAGGGUCGCAAGAAAUAGUGCCAGAGUUUGUAAUACAACGGCCUCUUACCGAGAAGGACUACCGAAUAGGACUUGGUGUGGAACGAUUCAGAUGCGCGGAGAUAGUCUUCCAGCCGUCGAUGGUCGGUGUAGAUCAAGCAGGAGUGGGAGAAAUGACAUCCAUCGCCAUGAGGAGGCUGCCAGAGGAACUCGUCAGCCGAGUCAUGGACGGGACAAUUCUACUCACAGGUGGAAACUGCGAGUUCGAUGGAUUCGACAAGAGGAUGUUCUCGGAAGCUCGAAGGGAUCGACCGCUGGGCUCGGUUAUCAGAGUGGUGCGAGCAGCAGACCCGUCGCUAGACGCUUGGCAUGGCGCGUCCGCGUACGCGAGCUCCAGCUUAUUCUCAAAGUUUGCGUUCACGAGGAGUGACUAUGAAGAGAAAGGACAAGACUGGCUUCGCAGAUACAAGCUGGAGUACUGCCUCCACUGAUGGGGUGACAUGCUCAAUCCGGACAAAUGUUCUCUGCGAAACUGGCGUGGGCUUGUAGACAAGAAAACAAAGAGUUUUCCUCGGUAUCAGAUCAGACUAAGGCGCGACUGACUGACUGGAGAAGACUCUUUUCUAUACUCCUUUCCUAUAGCGAUGAUGCUCAUAGCUCAUGGCAGGGAUUUCCAAAGAGAUAUGGACGCAUUGGGCAAAGGUACAUGAAAGGAAUUUUCUAUUAAGACUCGCUUUCGUUGUUCUUGGAGUUGUUUAAAAUCUUUCAAGGAUCGUUUGUUCA